GCAAGUGGGGCUGCACCAAUUAGAUUCAAUACAUCUAAUGUGAUCAAGUGGAAGGAAGCAAAACUGCAAAACAAAACCAGGGGUUGCAAAAUACAAAAAUAAAUUGAAGGUAGCUGUGAACCAGUAACUAGAGCGGUUUGAUGACCGGUCCGGUUUUCCGAACCUUGGUAAAAUCUAAAAAUUGGAAUUAAACCGGUGAACCGGCCGGUAACCGGUCGGUCAAACCGAACCGUGAUCCGGCCGGUUUUUUGGCUGGCAACAAAACGCUACCGUUUUUUGCCUCUGAAACCCUAAAUGGCUAAAUCAGUUACCAUAUGUGCAAAGCAAAUCCCUAAUUGCCUUCUCUGCUUCUCAUUCAUCGAGCUUCACUGCUUCACUGAAGCUGCUUCAGAGGUGAUUAUGUGAAGUGAACUGAGAACGUCCAACGCCUCACUCUCACACGGGUCGAGCCACCGCAGAGCCAUCGAGAACUGAGAACGCGCUAGCCUCUCUCUGUCUCUCACACUCAGUCCACAGCUCCUGGUCCUCCCUUACUUCCGUCCAGCCACCGCCUGCUAUCGUCGCCGUCGGAAUGUCCAGCUUCGAAGAGCCACCGCCUGCUUCCUCACUUCCCCUUCAUCGCGCAGCAGCCGUCGCAACCUUCCUUCCUCUCCAUCGCGCAGCCACCGGGCGAACGUGGAAGCCUCAGUCGCGCAGUCACUGUCCGUCGGCGCCAGCUUUGGUCCACUGCAGCCACUGCCUGUUCGAAGGCCGUUCGAAGCCCAUUCGAAGGUGAAACUUGUCGUGGUGUUCAAGGAUUCUAGCUUCUAGGUUUUUGGGUUGUAGUGAUGGUGGAGGAAAGUGGGAGGAGGAAGAGGCCAAACAUUCUGGUGACGGGUACCCCGGGGACGGGGAAGACUACCACAUGUACUGCUCUAGCUGAAGCCACACAGCUUCGCCACAUCAAUGUUGGGGAUUUAGUCAGAGACAAGAACUUACAUGAUGGCUGGGAUGAUGAGCUUGAUUGUUUUGUCCUUAAUGAAGACUUGGUCUGUGAUGAGCUUGAGGAUCAAAUGGAAGAAGGGGGAAAUAUAGUGGAUUAUCAUGGGUGUGAUUUCUUCCCUGAGCGAUGGUUUGAUUGCGUUGUUGUACUUCAAACUGAUAACACCGUGCUGUAUGACCGCUUGAGUAGGAGAGGUUACAAUGAAUCAAAGCUUUCUAACAACAUAGAAUGUGAAAUCUUUCAAGUUCUACUUGAGGAAGCUAAAGAAAGUUACCCAGAGGACAGAGUGGUUGCUAUGAAGAGUGACACCAUUGAAGAUAUUAAUAGAAAUGUUUCAACUUUGACGGAUUGGGUAAGAAAUUGGCAUCCUACAUCCUAGAUUCCUAGUCAUAUAAAAAAGGGGAGAAAAUGGAAAAGAAAAGAUAUUAAUUUGUAGAAACUUUCAUGUAACAGUGUGAUAAAAAAGAAAUAUGGAUUAUGGAUAUUUAUGUUGAACUGCUACAUGGAUAUGCAGUGUUGCUGAUUCGUCUUA